AGAACUAAGCGCAAAAGCAGCGGCAACCAGCGAGCAAGAAGUACAAACGAGAGCCUUGCUAGCUAAAAUUGAUAGACCCGCGAUGGUGGCCAAGGCAGAGAUGAGCGCCAUGGAGUUGGAGAAGGUGAUGAGCGACGGGGAGGUGGUGCUCGGCGGCGCCGGAGACGAGGAGGAGGAGGACGUGGUGCUGCCGGGGUACCGGUUCCACCCCACCGACGAGGAGCUGGUCACCUUCUACCUCCGGCGGAAGGUGGCCAGGAAGUCCCUCAGAAUCGAGGUCAUCCGGGAGAUGGACAUCUACAAGCACGACCCAUGGGAUCUCCCCAAGGCGAGCACGGUCGGUGGGGAGAAAGAGUGGUAUUUCUUCUGCCUGAGGGGCAGGAAGUACCGGAACAGCAUCCGGCCCAACCGAGUGACCGGCUCCGGCUUCUGGAAGGCCACCGGCAUCGACCGGCCCAUCUACUCCGCCGGCAGCGGCGGCGCCAGUUCCGGCGUGUCCAUCGGGCUGAAGAAGUCGCUCGUGUACUACCGCGGCAGCGCCGGCAAGGGCACCAAGACCGACUGGAUGAUGCACGAGUUCCGCCUACCGCCGGCCGCGGCCACCAACUCCUCCCCGAGCAUGCAAGAAGCCGAGGUGUGGACCAUCUGCAGGAUCUUCAGGAGGACCAUCACCUACCGCAAGCAGCAGACGUGGAGGCCGGUGCCCGCGCCGUCCGUCGCCGACUCGAACUCCAACACGGGGAGCUUCGAGUCGUCCGAAGCCGGCGACGAGUACAUGAACUGCCUGCAGGCACCCGCCGCUCCAUGCAUCCCCCAGCAGCAGUACGUCAGUCAGGUGGGCACGGUGGACAGCGGCAACUUCUUCUACGAGGACAACAUGCACAACCAGCAGUUCCAGGGGCAAUGGAACGCCGCACCCGCCGCGCCGGUGCCGGAGCAGAAACUACAGAGCCCAUUGUCAACCGCCGUCUCCUUCCACCAGAAUGACCACAGCCACGCCGUCGCCGCCAACGAUUUCUACAAAGUCGAGGGAUACUUGGAGGAGAUCGCGAGGAUGAUGGAGGUCACCGAUCCGACAGGGUUUUACGACUACAGAUCAUACGGUUGAUCGGCCGACCUUCGCACGUCUUCAGAGUUGUUCAGGGUAGACAAACAGAAUCCGCCGACGCGCUAGAACAGAUGCUGUCAAGUGAGGAAGUGACAUGCAGGGCCCGCACCACAGAGAGCUGAGGCCUAUAGUCAGCAGAGCUUCACCCGCAGAGCUUUCUCUCUUUUGAUUUCUCUUCGAUCUGAUCUACUCCCUCCGAUCCAUAAUAAGUGUCGCAGUUUUGAACUAA